GGAGCAUCCAAAAACAGUCACAAAUUUGUUAUAGCAGGAGCAACAAAAUUUGGCAGUUGCCUUUUCUUCAUAAACCAACAAAACAAAUCAAACACCACGAAAAAUGGCUAUCGGCAAGGAAAACAAGACUAAAUACUUCGAGAAGCUCCACCAACUCUUCCAAAAGUACCACUCUGUCUUUGUUGUUAACAUUGACAAUGUUUCUUCUCAACAAAUGCACACUGUCCGUAAGGACUUGCGUGGUUCUGCUGAGUUGAUCAUGGGUAAGAACACUAUGAUCCGUCGUGCUAUGCGCGGUAUCAUCAAUGAAUUGCCCGAGCUCGAGCGUCUUAUGCCUAACGUUCGUGGUAACGUUGGUUUCGUUUUCACCAACGGUGAUUUGAAGGAAGUCCGUCAAGCCAUUAUUGCUAAUGUCGUUGCCGCUCCUGCCCGUCCCAACGCUAUUGCUCCUUUGGAUGUUUUCCUUCCUGCCGGUAACACUGGUAUGGAACCCGGUAAGACCUCUUUCUUCCAAGCCCUUGGUAUCCCUACCAAGAUUACUCGUGGUACCAUUGAAAUCACUAAUGAAGUUCACUUGGUCGAGAAGGAUACUAAGGUUGGUCCUUCCGAAGCCGUCUUGCUUAACAUGUUGGACAUCUCUCCCUUCACCUACGGUAUGGAUGUCAUUCACGUCUAUGACCAAGGUAACCUCUUCAACCCCGCCAUCUUAGAUGUUUCUGAGGACGAUCUUGUUGCUCGUCUUUUGGAUGCCGCCAAGGUUGUUGCUUCCAUCUCUUUGGCUGCCAACUACCCUACCAUCGUUUCUGCUUUGCACUCCAUUGUCAACUCUUACAAGAACUUGGUUGGUGUCUCUUUGGCUACCGAAUACACCUUCGAGGGUACUGAACAGGCCAAGGCUUUCCUUGCUGACCCCUCUGCUUUCGCUGCUGCUGCCCCUGCUGCUGCUCCCGCUGCUGAGGCUCCUGCUGCUGAGCAAAAGGCUGAAGAGCCUGAGGAGUCCGACGAGGACAUGGGUUUCGGUCUCUUCGACUAAACUCCCUCUGGUAGUUAAUAAAUAGGAUGGUUUCUUUUUUUCCAAAA